UUUGGUGCGACAGCUCAGUGAUGGUCUCACAACUAUCUCAGUCCGUCAGGCGAUCACCACGAGUCCAAGCGAGGUGGAGAAAAAAAAAAGGAGGAGGUGGGGAUAGAGGAGGCAGACAAUGCGGUUUUGCGAUGCGUUUAUUUCUCAGCACAAUUUACACCCACAACCACGAAAACAUGAUGUGCGGAAGACGUGGGAGAAGAUUUGCUCGUGAUUUGGCUCCUUUUCUUGAUUUUUUAUAAUCGCACUGAACAAAUUCCUCUACGUUUUGACUGAAUACAGAAAUCAAAAUGAAAUUUCCAAUAGAAAACCCAAGGAAACAAGUUAACUGGGACCCAGAGCAAGUGGCAGUCCAGACCAACUUGGUCCCUCCUAAAAAGGUCCAGCCUGGCAUGGCAAAGUCCAGCUUAGUCCAGGCCAGUGUGGCCACCAUGCAGAACCCCAUGGGCUGUGACCCUAAGGCCAGCGGUCACUGUCCACUGCCACGCCUGUCCAUCUCCUCCCGCUCUGCCAGCGUAGUGGCCAGCAUGGACGCCAGCUGCGACGGCUCGCCCGCAGCGCUCCACUCGGUGAUGAAGUGGAAGACUGUGCUGGCGGUAUUCAUCGUGGUCCUUCUCUACCUGGUUUGUGGAGGUCUGGUCUUCAGUGCACUGGAACAGCCGUUUGAGAGGAGCCAGAAGACCAGCAUCACACUGGAGAAGGCUUUGUUCCUGGAGAGACACCCUUGUGUUACUCCUGAUGAGCUGGAGGGACUCAUCAAGCAUGCCAUAGAUGCUGUAAGUGCAGGAGUGAGACCUAUUGGAAACACAUCCCACAACUCCAGUUACUGGGAUGUGGGCAGUGCCUUCUUCUUCGCUGGAACUGUCAUCACAACCAUCGGUUAUGGAAACAUAGCUCCAAGCACUGAGGGCGGGAAAAUCUUUUGCAUCCUUUAUGCCAUAUUUGGCAUCCCUCUCUUUGGCUUUUUGUUGGCGGGGAUUGGAGACCAGCUGGGGACCAUCUUUGUGAAAAGCAUCUUGAGAGUUGAGAAGAUAUUCAGGCAAAAACACAAACAGAUCAGCCAGACGAAGAUCAGAGUGACUUCCACCAUCUUGUUCAUCCUGGCCGGCUGCAUUGUUUUCGUCACCAUCCCCGCCAUCAUCUUUAAGCAUAUUGAGGGCUGGACCACACUGGAAGCCAUCUACUUUGUUGUGAUCACUCUCACCACGGUGGGAAUAGGAGACUAUGUGGCAGGGGGAAACAGUAGGAUUGAGUACAUGAAGUGGUACAAGCCCCUGGUGUGGUUCUGGAUCUUGGUGGGUUUGGCGUACUUUGCCGCUGUCCUCAGCAUGAUUGGAGACUGGCUUCGAGUUCUGUCUAAAAAGACCAAAGAGGAGGUUGGGGAGUUUAAAGCUCAUGCAGCUGAAUGGAAAGCAAAUGUACGGGCAGAACUGCGUGAAACACGACGGCGUCUGAGUGUCGAGAUCCAUGACAAGCUCCAGCGGGCUGCCACCAUCCGCAGCAUGGAGCGCCGUCAGCUUGGCCUUGAGCAGAGAGCUCACUCCCUGGAUAUGCUGUCUCCAGAGAAACGGGCUUUGUUCGCCAGCCUGGAUGCUGGUCGUUUCAAGACUUCCUCCCAGGAGAGCAUCGACACCAAGCUCAACAACCUGAGGCUGAAGGGGGCCUGUGAGCCAUAUGACCAUCAGGGUGGUGAGCAAACCCAACAGACAGCGUCUUCCUCGGAGGAGAAUCUGGUCAAUAUGCGCUUCGGAUCCCUCACCAAGCUGGCCAGACGCAACAAGACACGCGAGCUGCGCAGGAACAUUCCUGAAGAUGUGCGACGGGCAAGUGUAGGCAUAAACAGUGGCAUGCUGGGUGAGGGGAGACCUGAAGAAGAAGAAGAAGAUGGGGAGCCAGAUGAGGAGAAAGGCGAAAGAAAAGAGGGAAACACCAGCCUCACAAACCUGUCACACUACGCAAAGGAGCGCAGCAAGUUGAACGGGUUCAUACCAGCACAGGCCAAAGACGGAGACAACGACUAGACACCGAGUGGAAGAGCACUUCAGACAGAGACAGAAACCGAGUGAAAGAUACAGAGAAAGAGAGGCAGAGAGAACAGGAGUGCAUGGCCCCUUGAGAUGUCAAGAAAUGUGCCUUUCUGUUUCCUAUGCUUGGAUUGGAACUGCUCCCAGGAAAUUCAGUCAUCGUGCCAUAGCCAUGGGAAGAAAACAUGUUGCCAAAAAUGAAUGAAUGAAUAGAAGAGACAUAAGAGGCUAUAGUUAAAUACCUCAUAUCAGAUGUUACUGUAGAACGGGCUACUUAAGAACUUCAAUAUCAACAGGAGCUGUCUUUACAGCUUUGUUGUCUUUCAGCCCCCAACGACCUGGGCAACGGCUGUCUGCUAAUGUUGAACCUUAUUUUCUAACAGCGUGGGCAGGACUUCCCGAAGAGCUGGCUCCAUGUCAUCCAUCUUCACAAACAUUAUUGAUCUCCGUUUUGUCAUCUCAUACUCUGGUGUCUAUUUUUAGCUCAGUGGCCUGCAUUAAAAGGACUUCCACAUGUAAUGAAUGGAGGGUGGGGGCCCAUGUUUCUGCUGGAUCAAUAGACAAUAUUAGCAUUUACCUUGCUGACAUGUACAAUUAUUCCUACAUGGUUUGUGACUUUGAAAAUGUAGCCUUAGGGCAUAAACUAUUGCAUACUAAAAGCUCAUAACAAUAACCUAUUCAUAUUGAUUGUGCAUGGUUAUUAAAACACAACCAUAGCAGCUAAUUGACAUGCACUAACUUGAAAGCUUGAAAUAACAGCUGCUUUUUGUUUUAAGAAAAUGAAAUGUACUGCUUUCAUUCAUAUUUGGUGAAAAAAAAUCCCAUGUACUGGUGUUUUACUAAUGAUUGGCACCAUUUUUCUAAUUGGGGAUCAGCACCUAACUGGAGUUCACUUGACGGACACAAGUUUAAUCACCUUUGGCCAUGAGAUUGUCAGUAAUGUUGAAAACACUUUUUUUGGUAUAUGACAUUCACUUUAUCACAAAUGUCUUGCAACUUCUAAAUGACUUUUUGAUUAGUGAAUUUGAUGCUGUUGAUUUUGUACUCACCAAGCAUGUUAGCAUCUGUGUUUACUCCUUUUUCUUCCAACCAAGCACUUGAGUUGAAUUUCCCAUUGAACUGUAAAAUAUGAACUUAUUUU